AUGUUGCGACAGCUCCUCGCUGAGCAACGCACAUACACCAGAGGGUCAGUUCAAAGGUACUCGCACGAGCGGGUAGCCGCGCACGCUUGCGGAAUCUGCGUCGCCUUGAGGAGUUGUCCAUCGCGCCCAAGACCUGGAAAUGCCGACUUCUCGGCCCACGGACUGCGGUCCGUGGAAAGAGAACCGGGGUCUUGGGAAGGGGUCACUAUUUCCUCUUUACGAGGACUCGUGGCUUCCUGCCAGCGACACGGCUCCUCUGUUGGCGGCGCGAUUUUGCCGGGCGUGCGGGGACGUCGUGCCAUUCACCAACCUUCCGUCCUCGUCCUCUUGUCAUUACGCCGUCUGCGACAGUGUCCAAAGAGUCAAGGCUGCUCUACCGACCAGAAGCCUGGGAGGGAGGGAAUCCUGCUCAUCGCAGGGGUUUCGCUUUGCGACCCCUUGGUCAUGGCCGAUGACGUCUCCACCGCUUCGGAACCCGACGCCACCACCACUCCGCGACAGGAGACGUCGUCCUCAGAUGAUUUCCACGUAUCUGUCGCGCCCGCUUCUGUUACCUGGGACGGCCAGGCCCAGCCUUUGAGCGAUGUGACAUGUGACAUCCGUCGCUAUGCCUCGAAUAACACCGCCUUCAUUAAGCUGCGAGCCACAGUGGCGCUCAAAGCGCCCGCGCCCGCGCCCGCGAAGACCAACCUAUUUUUAUUCGUCCAUCCAGAGCGUAUACGAGCAGUGACCCUAGACGAAUCUCCCGAGUCGAGAUCACAAGAAAUAGUGAAGAAGAAGCUGGGCCAGAACACGUAUUGUCUACAUUUCACACUCGACAGGCUAGCUGCCCUUAUCGGCCCUGCAAGCCUCGAAAGUAUUGCACCAAAGAACAAGGGCUCUGCCGAGAUGCUGCACCACUUGCGGUCGCUGGCUCAAGAAACCAGUUUCUCUGUAUAUCUGCCGGCCAAGGUUGUGUCCAAGGCGCGACUGCUGUCGUUCUGUGAAGCUGCUUCUGGUCACAAUUUGGCUUCCAUCACAUGGCAGGCUGACAUGACCUGUCUCUAUGGUGGCAAAGGCGGCCGGGUCAUCGAGGACGCUCCUGAGGCCUCCACUGUCAAUCCUCCAUCAUACGAUGAGCUGGAGCCCGGGCCGCCUUUGCCGCCAACCAGUCAGGGUAAGCUAUGCGUGCCACCUCCCUUUGUGCCUUACAAUGUCCUUACGUCUGCGGCAGGGCUCAGUUUUCAAGGUCCUUCGAAGAAGAGGCGACGCGAAAGUGGUAACUCAGAUACCCCACCCGCGGACCUAUCGGCUGUGGAGGCUAUGUGCAGGAAACUCAUGGGUGAAAUGAAGGCUGAGCUGAAGCUCGACAUGAGCAACCAACUGCAAAAGCUAGAGGACAAUAUUGUGGUGCGUCUAGAGCAGCGUCUAGCCGAGGAGUCGGCACGAAUUGAGGAGCACUUUGAACAGAAGCUUCUAGAGGUAAGAGAAGAGACUACGGACGAAAUCGGUACCCGUAUAGAGGACGAAUAUUACGGGGUUCGGGUCCGACUUGAAGAUUUCGUGAAGGACGAGGUACAAGAUGCCGAGGAGAGGAUUGUCCAUCAUAUAGAAAGCAGCGCUACCAUAUCUUUACAAUUCAAUACGUGA